UCUAGUCAAUAUUGAUCCAUCAAUCAAUCAAAGACGCUGUAGCAUUUGCUUUGCUUUUCCUCAGCUUCUGCAAUCCAGGUAUUAAUAUAAGAUUCAUCCAGGGAUUAAUAUAAAUAUCUAUGUUUAAAACUUAGAUACUUUGAUCUAGAAACUUAGAACAUUCAAUAGAUAUUGUACUGCUACUCAGAUAAAAUUUUAAUUUAAUUUUUAAAGCCAAUAAUGGAAGAAAGUGAUGAUAACGAAAGCGAAAAAGGUAGUAUUUUGUUAUCCAAGAUGGUGGGGACCGAUUCAAUUCAAAGUGAAGGUUUGAACUUUAUAUCUGGACCUCCUACUUUGCAAAGCAUCGCUGUCGUGCACAUUACCAUCAGGCUAUGGACAGAAGAGGACGUGAUGGAGAUACUUCUUCAGGGCUAUGGUUAUAGCAAGUUAGAGGAAAGAGUGUUAGAUAAAUUGAACAAAAGUUCAAUUCCUCAUUUAUUCCAAUCCGAAAUCUCAAAACACAUUCGACCUAUAGGACAGCAAUUGUUGAAAUGGUUUGAUGACAAAAAUCAAGAAUACUGCUCACUUCGGGAUCUUCGUAUAAUGAAUGGUAGAAUUCAUUGGACCAUGGAUGGGACAAUUGAUAAGGUCAAAACGCUUGAAGAACUUAUUACAAAUGAUUAUCCGAAUAAACCUUUCUGCUGCUUGUAUUGUUUAGCGUGCAAGUACUGCUUAGAAGAAUAUAUUUUUGAUUUAUGGGAAAUGCUGUCUUCUAAAAGCCAAAAAGAAAUUGAGUCUAUCUUCAUAGACAGCGAGUAUGAAAAUGAUUUAAUUGCUUACUGGACUUUUAUUGCGACCAACGAGUUGUCUGGACUGUUGGAAAUGUUUGAGAUGAAUUCGGGCAAUAUAUACCACCGGUACUUUAACCUUAAUGAAAAUAUGAUUUCGUGGUCAAUAUUUGUUGGUAAUCCAUUCGCUCUCAAAUAUUUUUGGCGUAAGUUGACAGAAGAGGAGAAGAACGCGAGGAUUUACAUGUGGCUUAAAAUGGCAGGUGAAAAAUGUAACAAAUCAUAUUGGGCACCUUUGAAAUACAAUUACCUAGACUAUAAUUCAUACACGGAAAAUUUUUAUUUUUUGUUGUUUCAAGUAAGAGACCAGGACAUGCAAAAAAAAUAUUUGCGAAAUAAUGUGUACAAAGUAUUGAAUCCACUCUUCAGAAGUUGGCCGUUUCAGAAAUUUUUUGUAUCUACAACAGUGCUUUUUAUGGAUCACAUGAAUGGAGACGAGUAUUUAAGCGUACUCAGAGACAUUAUAGAGGAAAUGGAAACGGAAAAAUCUACACGGAAAAUAUUCAGUGAAAUCUGGAGUUCUACUCCGCCGAAGUUGAAGUGUAUAUUUUUAGAAGAGAACGUUUUAUAUCUCAAUCAAAAGUUUCCAAUUGUUUCCUCGCUUGUAAGAGUGAUAUUGAAAUUCCUUAAAAUUGGUGACCCGUAUAAUGCCCUCAGGUUGGUAAAGGAUGCAUCCACCACAAAGAAGAAAUGGAUAACUUCUUCUGUAACCCGAAGUGGUGAUUUCUACAACUACGUUUAUAACAAGAAUGACCUGUCAUUGCUUGACAUUUUGUUUAAAGCAUUAUUGCCUCCAAACAUGGAUCUGCAAUCAUUCAAAGAAGGAAUAGCCUUCAGUUAUACACAAUUGGGCAUUUGUAUGGAAUGGAGAAGUAUGGGUGAUGUUCAAGCAGUGGAUGUAUUUCUUGCAUGGGCCUUCCAAUCUGAAAAAGAAAUACAGGAUUUCAAGCAAAAGUACGUAGAUUCGUUCCACGGGACUUACUCAAUUGCUAAACAAGUUCAUGAUGUUUAUAACUUGCGUUUUGAAACAGGGGCAGAAAUAAUUAGAUUCAGAACUCAACUUUUGUGCAGAAGAGAGUAGAUUCCAAUUUUUGUAUUAUUUUUUUGGAAAUACUUCGAAUGUUCGUGCCAAAUUUGAAUUCCUGAAAAACAAUAAUAUUUCCUGAUUUUUGCCAGAACUAUAAACAUUCCCUUAAAUAAAAAGAAAUUUUUGCGCAAA